UGAUAACCGCUCCACUAGAGCGCAACGUCACCAACCGCCAAACUGUCCUUCCUACGCCGCUUCUUCCAGACGCGCUCCCCCAGCCCCACCACCAUGGCAGCCACCAAGACAAAGGUCGAAUCCAUCAUCGACGAGAACCCCGUCGCCGUCUUCAGCAAAUCCUACUGCCCGUACUGUCAACAGGCCAAACAGCUGCUCUCCCAGAGCGGCGCAAAGUUCUACGCCAUCGAGCUCGACCAAGUCGACGACGGCUCCGAAAUCCAGUCCACCCUCGCCGACAUCACGGGCCAGCGCACCGUGCCCAACAUAUUCAUCGGCAAGAAGCACAUUGGUGGUAACUCGGAUCUGCAGGCGAAGAGGCGUGAUUUGGAGACGCUGCUCAAGGACGCUGGUGCUGUUUGACCACCCGGCUCUCAACCUCGGCUCUAGCUUUGGGUGCCCAUCGAAGGAUAGAUUCGCGGAGGAAGAAGUGAAUGGAUAGACAUUUAGCUGCUACAAAUACUAGACAUGCGCGUUCGACUACCAUCUGUGCUUUGCAGGCAACUAGUGACAGCGACAGCAGAUACAAUC